AUGGAUACCAUGCAAUUUUGUGCGCCACAGCCCUAUUCUUCCCUUGAAAUUUCUUGCGGCGGUGCCACGGAGUUCAUCUCGUUAUACGGAACGGCAUGCGGUAGUAGGAAUCAGCAAACUAUGAGCGAAGAACCUUCUCGAGCACGACACCCAGCCUCAGUUGCGCCACCUCACGCCACCGCGUCUCUGCAGGGUUCUUCCUCCACUAUCAUGCUAAUUGAAUGGUUUUCGACAUCAAAGAGGCGCAAGAAUAAUGAUUCAUGUUCGCGCAUCUUCGACUUGAAUGGAGGCCGGGAACAGCCUCUUCUGGACACAGUCGAGAAUCAUCAGUGCUUCAUAGCAACGCUGCAUUUUGUAGGCGAUAUAGUGUUCUUCACACAUACUAUGCUGGUUCGGACGAUAGGCUCCCCAUCUAGUCAAGACCCUACCACGUCUCUGUCAUUAUCGAAUCAUCACCGACAACUGCCAGGAGACGUCAACGUAGUUUGGGUCCAGAGGUCUCGUCAUCAAGAGUUUGCGAGAAAAGUUCGUUUGCGUCUAGGCUCUGAGGACCACAUUCGCCAUCCCGUAACAUUCAAAACUCUUUCCACCGUUGUUGGAACCAUGGAAGGAUAUGGGAAAGAACGUUACCUGCAGACAAGACCAAUUGCCAUUUUCGGUGGAGAUACAGUCGAACAGAACCUGACCCGGACACCUGACUUCACGUUACCGACACCGUUCGGCGCGCUUCCUGAUGUCCAUCAUGCUCUUUCGUCAGACGUCGUGCCCGAAGUUGUGGUUAUUGCGCGCCCUUGUCCAGACAUCCGCUACUCCCAUGGAACCGCAGGCUCUCGACGAAGUUCUGCCACCUUUCAGCAAAUUGUUUUGUCAGCCCUCGCGGACAAAAGGGUCCGAUGCUCUUGA